ACUGGCCGUGGCCGCGGGGCCCGCGGAGGGCGGCGCGCGGCUGAUGAAACCGGCUCGGAUCCCUCCCGCGCGCGCCAUCCCCUCCUCCAGCAGGUGUGAGCGGUUCUUUACCAGCGGUCCCCACCCAGCUCAGCAUCCCGUUGCCUUCUCGGAGCCUGAAGCUACUGCAGACUCUCCUGUGACGUCUAGUCUCCCAGGCUCCGGUCAUCCUCAGUGAGAAGGUCCACAAAUCUUACUCCAGGUUUGCUCAGCACAAUGGGUUGCAAAAACCUGCUCGGCCUGGGUCAGCAGAUGCUGCGUCGGAAGGUGGUGGACUGCAGCCGAGAGGAGAGCCGGUUGUCCCGCUGCCUCAACACCUUUGACCUGGUAGCUCUUGGGGUAGGCAGCACCUUGGGUGCUGGCGUCUACGUCCUGGCUGGUGCAGUGGCCCGUGAGGAUGCUGGUCCCGCCAUUGUCAUCUCUUUCCUGAUCGCUGCCCUGGCCUCAGUGUUGGCUGGCUUGUGCUACGGAGAGUUUGGUGCCCGUGUCCCCAAGACGGGCUCAGCCUACCUCUACAGCUACGUGACAGUCGGGGAGCUCUGGGCCUUCAUCACCGGUUGGAACCUGAUUCUCUCCUACAUCAUUGGUACUUCAAGUGUGGCAAGAGCCUGGAGUGCGACUUUUGACGAGCUGAUAGGCAAACCCAUUGGAGAGUUCUCUCGGAAACACAUGGCCCUGAAUGCCCCUGGGGUGCUGGCCCAAAACCCUGACAUAUUAGCUGUGAUUAUAAUUCUCAUCUUAACAGGAUUGUUAACGCUUGGUGUGAAAGAAUCAGCCAUGGUCAACAAAAUCUUUACCUGUAUUAAUGUUCUGGUCUUAUGCUUCAUCAUGGUGUCGGGAUUCGUGAAAGGGUCCAUUAAAAACUGGCAGCUCACGGAGGAGGACUUCUUGAAUAGAUCCAGCCCUCUCUGUGGCAACAAUGACACAAAUGUAAAGCAUGGUGAGGGAGGGUUCAUGCCCUUCGGAUUCUCUGGCGUCCUGUCGGGGGCAGCGACCUGCUUUUACGCCUUUGUGGGCUUUGACUGCAUUGCCACCACAGGUGAAGAAGUCAAGAACCCCCAGAAGGCCAUCCCCGUGGGCAUCGUGGCGUCCCUCCUCAUUUGCUUCGUAGCUUACUUCGGGGUGUCUGCAGCCCUCACGCUCAUGAUGCCUUACUCCUGCCUGGACACUGACAGCCCACUGCCUGGUGCCUUCAAGUACAGUGGCUGGGAAGGAGCUAAGUAUGCAGUGGCUGUCGGCUCCCUCUGCGCACUCUCUGCCAGUCUCCUAGGCUCCAUGUUUCCCAUGCCCCGAGUAAUCUACGCCAUGGCUGAAGACGGACUACUGUUUAAAUAUUUGGCCAGAGUCAACAAGAGGACCAAAACACCAGUAAUUGCUACACUGACCUCAGGCGCCAUUGCUGCUGUGAUGGCCUUCCUCUUUGAAUUGAAGGACCUGGUAGACCUCAUGUCCAUUGGCACGCUCCUGGCUUACUCUUUGGUGGCUGCCUGUGUAUUAGUCUUAAGGUACCAGCCCGAGCAACCUAACCUGGUAUACCAGAUGGCCAGAACCACCGAUGAGUUGGAUCAAGUUGACCAGAAUGAGCUGGUCAGCGCCAGUGACUCCCAGACAGGCUUUUUACCAGUAGCCGAGAAGUUUUCUCUGAAAACGGUACUCUCACCCAAGAAUCUGGAACCAUCCAAAUUCUCAGGGCUCAUUGUGAAUGUAUCAGCAAGCCUCCUAGCUGUUCUUAUCAUCAUCGUGUGCAUUGUGGCCGUGCUUGCAAGAGAGGCUCUAGCUGAAGGGACACUGUGGGCAGUCUUUGUGAUGACAGGGUCGGUCCUCCUUUGCAUGCUGGUGACAGGCAUCAUCUGGAGACAGCCUGAGAGCAAAACCAAGCUCUCAUUUAAGGUACCCUUUGUCCCCAUACUUCCCAUCUUGAGUAUCUUCGUGAAUGUCUAUCUCAUGAUGCAGCUGGAUCAGGGCACAUGGGUCCGGUUCGCAGUGUGGAUGCUGAUAGGCUUCAGCAUCUACUUCGGUUAUGGACUGUGGCACAGUGAGGAGGCGUCCCUGGCUACUGGCCAGGCAAGGACUCCUGACAGCAACUUGGACCAGUGCAAAUGACGUGAAGUCCCACCCACCAAGGUGACAGCGGUUGAGGGGUGCCCAUAGAGGCCUGGGACCCUCAUUCUCUCUCCACCCGUGCUGCAGGAUCCGCUCACAUCCCCAGCGUCACCAAAGGUGCUGUGAACUGGACUGCAGUCUCAGCCAUAGCUGACAUAGCCUGGCCAAACAGCCCUGCAGCCAGCUCACCACGUCCUGGCUGCUUCUGGACAGCUCCUUGGUCUCAUUUCCCUCUGAACAAAGAAAGCAGCCCUUCUCCCUGCCAUCUGCUGCUGCCUCAGCAAAAGGAAGCCCCCUUCUCCUCUUCCUUGGGAAGCAGGCCUCCCUCCCUCCCUGGGACCACCCUGGUAUUGCUUAUGUGCACACUCCAGACCCUUAGUGGGCAUCUCUCUAUCAGCCCAGUCAGGACAGACUCCCAUCCACAAGAUGCAAGAUUAGUCCUAUGAGACAGCAUGUCCCCAGCAGUGCUAUCCAGCUGCCAAUCAACUGCAGAGGACCUAAAGAAGAGGAACUAACUCUCAUCUUACUGCUUCCAGGCUGGGGUGAUAGGUUGGGGCCUAGGUCCACACAUCCUUUCCCAGCCUCUGUGACACCAUGACAGCCCCCAGCAUGGUGUAGGUCAUUCAUCUUGAGCACAGAAGAUGGGAGGUCCCUAGAGGACUAGGGAACAUUCUCUAGUUCCAUUCCUGGCAGGGCUUGGAUCUGCUUCUGCUGCUCUUGGCAUCUGUUCUCACUGUCCUGAGUCACUGGAACAUGAGGUUGUAAUAGCAGGGUUGAGUCAGGCUCUUAGGUCUUCUGAGGCUCUUCAGACAGGUGGUAGCUCAAUGUGGAGUUGUGACGCUUUUCUGGCCACUGACAAGAUCCAUGUGGUCUCUUACAUCUAAGGAGUGCUGUGGAACCCUCCCAUUGCUUGCCAUGAAUCACUCCACCAGAUUAAGUUGGGGCUUAAUGUUACCUUGGAAAAUGGCCAAAUAAUUGCCAAAUGCUUGGGGUCCUAUUGCUAUUCUCUUGUGUUCUCUGUCUUUCAAGUGUUGUGGCAGCUUUGCCUGCUGCGGGUGAGAUUCCCACCCUGGCCUGGACCUUAUGAUCCCUGUGUAUGCCUGCAUUUCCCCUCCCCCACGCCCCUCAACUCUCCGGGUGGGGCAUUAGGGCCUGCACUAUUUCUCUUACUCUGUGUAGACAAACCAAGGAUGAUGAGAAUGCUAGUGGAGUCUCAUUUUAGAGCCAUUCAGAGCCCACCCCCAACCCCCCAUAUUGGGGUGGGGAAGGCCAGUAUUUUAGACUAUUGUAAAUGAUGUCUUUGAAGCCUAGCUUUCUUUCUCAUCUGGCCUUUGACACAAGUCUGGCAGAAACAGGCAGGAUAACCUGAUGGCGCUGUCUUCCUCUGCUCUAGAAGGUUCUUGGAAAUACAAGAUAGCAUGUAGCCUACUUACUAUAUGCUAUAGGUAUGGCAAUUGCCUAGCAUUUGCAGGGCCUCAGGUUCCGUCUGCAGGACUACAGAAAAUUAGGGAAUUAGUGAAACAGCCUGGAGGCUGGAUCAGCUAGUGGAAGGUGGCCAAUCCAGGCCUUUGUGCAGGGCCCUGACCACCUCUUCCCGGUGCUUUGCCUCACAGGCUGAGAAUAUUUCAAAGGGAGUGUUGUAAGGCCCUAAAGGUUGGGUUUCCAAAGAAAGGUAUUUAAAUUUAUGUAGAUUGGUGCUGUAAAAUGUUUUGAUAAAUAUUAACUUAUUUUGUUCAGGUCUUGAUUAUCUGUUGUCUUCUUAGGGCUUGUUAAAUACUUGUCUGAUUUUUUUUUCCUUGCAAUUUUUCUAACUAGACAAAGAGGAAGAGGGUGCCCAGUGAGGUAUUGGGAGAUUUUUUUUUUUAAUUUUAGUUGUUUUUUUUUUUUUUUCUUUAGUUUCUCUUUUGAGAUAAGGUUUCACUCUGUAGCUGGCCUGGACUUUGGUUAUUGUAGCCCAGGCUAGCCUCUGCCUCAGCCUUCCGAGUGCUAAGAUUAUAGAUAUGAGCCAGCACUCCUGCUUCACUGUCAUUGCUUUCUGGAUGAGACCUUCUGUCUGAGGCAGCCUAACAGUGUGUUUACAGUUGACAUUUCAACUAGCAGCUUAUAACCCACCAAGCGGGGAGCUGUACGUAGGGGUUUGAUCCACCACCAUCUCUCCUGAGGACCACUAAUGGUGGCAGAUCUGCACCUCUAUCUCUCACUGUGUGAUCUGGAAGCACACACAGGCCCUGGUUGUCGGGGGCUUCCUGUACCCACUCCACAGUCAGGAAAAGAUGCUCAAGGGUGACUUGCAUAGUAAGUUGAUUGGCUGGCCACCAUGCUGUCGCUAAAAGUGGACAGUUGCCAGGGGAGCUUUUUGGGGAGGGAGGCACAAAAACAGUGACACACAGAGUACUCCCUGAAGUGAGCCUCCAAUAUGCUUUUUCUCACAUCAUCAGUUCCUUCUCCUGAAAGGAAAACACACAAGCCAAAACCCGAAACAAGACACACUAACAAAAAUCCCUCAGAACCUAGAAGGUAGCGUCCCAUCUCUUAGCCCCCUACCCACUAAAGGUUCUUAUUCUGUUGCACAGCUUGGCCAGUAUCUCCUACCUAGUUGGGACGCCGGCGUUCUAAAGACAAAUUCCCAUGCCUUGUUUAUCUCCAGCUAGAGUAUUCACAUUGGAAAGACCUGUUUUUCCAUGAGUGUGUGCCCUUCCUGUCUCUGGGUCUAAGACUAUGAAGAAGCCAACACCCAGGGAACUCUGCCUAGGAGUGGGGUACAAGAUGUCUCCACCUUCCAGAAGGUGGCCUGGUGGGGAGGGGGUGCUGCUUAUAGAGACACUGCCCCCACCCCUGUGUAUAUCCAUGGAAGGAUGCGUACACUCCCAUGCCCAUACCCCAUCUCUGCCCACACCCUACAGCCAGCCAUUGUGGGUCUACUUUGCAAACAAAGAAAAAGUAGAGUCCUGUCCCAGAUAGUUCUCGAGGUUUAUACUGUUCUUGGUUGCUCACAGUUUGGUUUUUAUGGUGGCAAACACCCCAUCAUCUCAUACCUUCAUCUGAUAGCCAUCCAGUCCCCUGUGCUGAUGACCAUCCGCCUCAGGCUUGGUGGCCAGAAGUGACUGCAGGACUGUGCAAGACAUUAGGCUUCUCCAACUGCCCUUAGUGACCAAGGGUUGGAUACACUCCCUCCUGCACAUUUGGCUCAGCCAGUGUGCACACCAAGAAAGUAUGUAGCCCACUCCACCCUGUCUACCGCCUGCUGCUUUUCAUGCACAGGGCUGGGAAAACCAGUGGGUAUGUUUGUUCCUUGCCCCCUGACCCCAGGCAGACAUUCUGAAUUGGCCAGUGUUUACAGUCCCUCCUAUCGAGGAACUCACCUAAUACAGGAUGAAGCUUGGAAACAGCAGUGUGAGAAACUGGUUCCUGGGAUACACGGGCAUGUCCCACAGGUCCACCCAUACCUGUAGGCAAAGUCACAGGCACUGCUGGCCUGUGUACCUACAAUGAAAAAACGCCUGGCUUUCACUGAGGCCCAUCCUUUCUGACUUGAAUGCCCCAUGUCCCCGCAGAUCUUUCUAAUAAGAGCUAACUGUUCUGUUGGCACCUGAGCACUAGGGGAUCUAAGUGCCAGGGUGCCCAUUCCUUGGGGUGUUGGCAGGCGGUGGGCAAAGGAAGUUUGAGUCCACAUCUGGUUGAGCUCCUAGCAAAGGGAGUCACUGGACAGAAUACACAACACAUGGAACUGUUACAGAAUUCAAAUUCAGAACUGAAUGUAUGUUAUGUACAGUUAUUUUAUGUAAUUCAAACCUUAUGUUUGCUAUUGUAAUGAGAUUGUAUACAAGGCUCCUUGGGGGAGAGCAAGCUGUCUAUUUCAUUAGGCUUGUUUUUGGGUCACAGUAGUGACACAAUGGUGGGGGUACAAAUUGCUACACUCCUUAGGCCAAUUUGGUCAUGAUGGAUUUUUUUUUUUAAGGCAAAAAAAGUUUUACAGCUGGUUCUCACCUCCCUCACUCUAAUCCGGUCUUUUUGUACCCACUGCUCCAUUGAGCUGGGGAAUAUGGUGUGGCCAAGGGUCUUGGGACAUAGUGACCAAGGAGUCCUCCUGAACCAUUCUGUUACAUGUGUUGAAUGGCUGGCUAAAAAGCCCAGGGGAGAUGAAAGACCACAUCCAUACAUAUUCUCAGGGCGCUGGCAUGUCCAGCAGGGCCAGGAAGCAAGGUUUAGGAAGACAUAUAUGGACUAAUUUAUUGACAAGGGUUACCUUUGUGUUCCUUGCCAAGCUUUUUGAGUUUGGGACUUAUUUUCCCAUUUGAGAAGUUAUAAUAUAUAUAUAUAUAUAUGUAUGUAUAUAUUUAAGAAAUUUCCUGCUUCGUUUGUGCCUUGCAGCUUCGAUGAGUUAAGGAUCACAAAGGGUCAUGAUACUGAUGAGGGUUGGUUUAUUAUCAAACCUGAAUAGUCGUGGUUUCUCUGGGACAACUUUUUUUCCUUCUACUGAACAUGGAGCCAUUGUUAAAAGAAUUGUGUGGUUUUUUUUUUCAUUAUGUAAAUUGUAUAUAUCUUUUUGCUUGUUUGAGGUUCUAUUUUUCUAAUAGUCUUCUUGCAGUUUCUUAUAAUGGUGACAUUAGAUUAACUCUGAUGCUAACUGUAAAUCAAGCUGGUCUCUGCUGGAUUCCCGUGGUUUAAUUAUAGUUUAUUUUAAGGCCAAGCGCAGGUUCAUCCAUCACCUUUUUAAAAAAUGUGAACCUUAUGUUUCCCCUCGUUGCUGAAUACAUUGUACACUGGCAACCCCCUCUGAUAUGCCUGUGUCGUAAACCCAAAGCUAUUUUGUGGUACAUUAUCUCAUGCUUCUGCAGAUGCUAAUAAAUCCUGUCUGACUUUCCAUG